CCACUUAGUGUCGCUGUCGAGGAAUCAUGUCGGUAUUGUGUGAGUACGCUCUUGCCCCCUUGUUUGAAAUUUGGCUAGCCAACAUGGCGGACGAGCUGGAUGUCGUUGAUAUCGAAGGAGACGAAUAUGAUCCUGAUUUAGGGGACUUCGGUGACAGAGCAGCGCUACUCCAGAACCAGUACAUGCAGUCAGCAUGGAAGACCAAUACUGGCGUCCUACCGUGGGAGCUGGACCACUCCAUCAGUGCAGAGAACAGAGAAGUGAUCGAGAACAUGUUGAUGGAGGAGCAGUAUUAUCUGACAGGUAAAGAGAUGCCUGAGAGUGUGUGGGCCAACGCUCCACCUAACCCUAAACCCAAAUUGAAGAGGUCUCCAGCCAAGUCCUCAGCUUCAGGCUCCGCGACAGCCACUCGCUGGUCUCAGCAGGAGAAGGUGCUGUUUGAGACAGGACUGGCUCAGUUUGGCCGUAGAUGGACUAAGAUCUCCAAGCUGGUAGGCAGCCGGACCGUUUUCCAGGUUAAGAGCUACGCCAGACAGUACUUCAAACACAAGGCUAAAUCAGAGGGCAAUACUACUGCUGUGGCGCCUCCUACAGCUCCGGUGGUGUUAGGCCAUGUCCCAGAGACAAGCUCAGCAUUCUCCACCUCUGGCCUGUCUGUCCCCAGCCAUCUGUCAGCUCUGACCAACGUUGUCCGGAUAGAGAGACUGGGUGACGAAGAGGAGGAAGAGGUGGACAUCACUGAUGACCUCAGCGAUGAGGGAGGGAGUGGAGGAGGGGUUGGAGUGAUAGGAGAAAACAGAAGGUUUGAGGGGAAGGGAGAGGACCUUCAGGCAGGAGUUCAUACUGAGACAUAUGAGCCUGGAGCCCCAGAGGACCUGGACAACCAGGGAGAGACCCACCAGGACCUAUCCAACCAGACACUCCCCAGCCUGGGAGAGACUGAUCAGGAGCAGCCUAACUGUAGCCCUCCAUCCUCCCUCACAACCCCCUCCCCCUGCCUAGCAGUGCAGGCCCCCAGUGGACAGUGUGAGGGGGGCACUGCUGAGCCCCAGAGGGACCCAGUAGAGUCUGGAGAGGAGACAGGGGGGUCUAGGUGGACAGAGGCAGGGGAGGGGGAGGAGUCUGAAGAGGAAGAGGAGGAGCUCAAAUACCCCGAGCAGGAAGUGGAGCUGGACCCGGCAACCAUCACAGAGGAGGAGAAACAAGCUAUCCCAGAAUUCUUUGAGGGACGACCAUCCAAAACCCCAGGAAGAUAUCUGAGGAUCAGGAACUACAUCCUGGACCAAUGGUUGAAGAGUAAGCCCAGGUACUUGAACAAGACGUCAGUGCGUCCUGGCCUGAAGAACUGUGGAGAUGUCAACUGUAUUGGCAGAAUACACACCUACCUGGAGUUGAUAGGAGCCAUCAACUUCAACUGUGACCAGGCGGUGUAUAACCGUCCCAGGAUGGUGGAUCGGUCCAAACCCAGAGACAGCAGAGACACUCUGGAAUACCAACUGGCACAGAGACUACAGAGCAUGCGAACCAGGAAGCGUCGUGUGAGGGACGUGUGGGGGAACUGGUGUGACGCUAAAGACCUGGAGGGACAGACAUACGAGCACCUGAGUGCAGAGGAGCUAGCCCUGAGGAGAGAGGAGAUGAGACGGCAAUCUAAACCCUGUAAAGUCUCCAGGCACAGAAGGUUGUUGGAUCCGUUCCAGUUGAUUCCGUGCCGUGUGUUUGGAGAGGACAGACCAGAGCCCUUCCAGGUGAUAGUGUGUGCUGAGGCUCUCCUUGUCAUGGACAUGCAUGCUCAUGUGUCGAUGGGAGAGGUUAUCGGCCUACUGGGAGGAGCUUACAGCGAGGAGGACAAAGUCUUGAAGAUCUUUGCAGCAGAGCCUUGUAACAGUGUGAGUACAGGUCUGCAGUGUGAGAUGGACCCGUUGUCUCAGACUCAGGCCUGUGAGAUGCUGUCUAGCCUGGGCUCGGCUGUAGUGGGAUGGUACCACUCUCACCCCACCUUCCACCCUAACCCCUCUCUACGGGAUAUACACACACAGGACCAGUUCCAGAGUUAUUUCUCUCGAGGCGGAGCCCCCUUUAUUGGGAUGAUCGUGAGUCCGUUUGACCCUGCUAACCCCUCCCCACGUUCCCAGACCACCUGCCUGAUGGUCAGAGAGGACCAAGGACCUACAGGACCACAGAAGCUGCCCUACAGGUUUGACUACCAGUGUUCCCAGCAGCAGCCUGACUGGGGCCAGCUGAUGAGGAGGGCAGAGUGGAUCAUCUGCAAAUAUAAACAUGCCCACGGCAGUGUCCAGAUGGACAGGCUGUUCCGCAGGGACUCUCAUCUGACCUGUCUAGAGAAGAUGAUGGCAUCUUUAGGGCGAUAUCUGGAGCCCCUGCCAGAGGAGGGAGGUCCCUUCCUUUCCCAGAUCCAUGCUCUCUUCCAGUCUCACUUUGUUUCCGAGCAACCCAGAGACCAGGAUGAGAGCGGAACCUCUGGCUCCCCAGAGCCAAUCAACGCCCAUGCCUUCCCCUUCGCUCAGCCAAUCAACGUCAGCUUAACAGGAGACACAGGAACACAGGAAAACUGGGAGAAUGAAUCGGUCUCUCCAACUGAUAAUUUAGAAACGCCUAAUAUCAAAACUAUUAACUCACACCAAGCUAAAGAAGAGAUCUCACAUCCAAUACGGUUUGGUUCUGUGUUGUUGACUGGUCAUGAUUAUCUAUUCUGAAUCUAAUAGGUUUCUUUAUGCAUCCAGUUCUUAGUGUUUUAGGUUUAUUAGUAGGCGUACUUGAUUUAGCUUGACUGCAGCUCUCGAGAACACGAGGGGGCUUACAUCCAGUCCCCAUCUUGGGUUCUCAGCUGAUGGUAUGGAGUACAGCUGGCUCCAUGUGAACUACAUUCCUGACUGAUCUGUUUUAACAUUUAGAAACGUUAAUAUUCCUUGCAAUACGGUUUUGGAAACAUUUGGAUCUCAACUUUCAGUAACAGCGAGACAGAAUCCAUAAAAUACGAAAGAUACGAUUACUGAACGCAGUUUAGCAAAGUUUCACUGACUGAAGCACAGCCUCCAAGUUCUGUCUCGUUCAUAUGAAAGUUAAGUUCUAAAUAUUUGCUCAACAUUAUUCCGUGCGAGGCGUAUUUGUGUUUAGGCAGCAUUUGGACAGUGUUGGGGAAUUUGCCUCACAAGGCUAAAGGGGUCUUCCAAUGGCUCAAUGUAAUGCAAUGGAAUUGGAGUAAUGAAUAAGGGUAAUCUCAAUUGCUGCAAUAUGUGGAGUUUUUUUUUCCAAAAGGGAAAACUGCCAGCCUGUGGUUGCACAGGGUCUAGCUAAAUCAAGUGUGCCUACAGUUUUAUAUGGCUUUAUGCUGUAUUGAAUUAACAAAACCGUUGCUCGAACAAGUGAUGUAGCAAUAUCACAUUUUUAAAUGUUAUUUUUCAUAGCAUAUGUAUUGUAGGUUAUACCAAUCCACCUUUCAAAUAAAAGGGUUGAAAGUCAAACAUUUAAAUGUUUGGGUUUGCACAUUUGAAAAACAGAAAAUAGUAUGCUGUAUCACUGUCGUUAUUAAAAUGUGCAUGUAAUUUCAGUUUGAAACAUGACGCUGUCUGGAGAAUGUCAUUUUUGAGGAGACAGUCAUUCUCGGAACAUUGUCUUAGAGCAUGCAGUUGCAGGGGGGACUAUUAUUUUAGACGCACAAGACAGUUCCUAUGUGUUUGAGUUGCAGAGGACCGUCAAAGUAGAUGAAUAAAGGUAAAUCCGAAUUUAUUUCUCAAACUGGAGUCUCCAAGACGAACUCGGGUGUUUUAAGAGAGUGUCGAUCAUACAAAGGCAACUUUAACGUGUUUACACGUGCUAUCUUUAUCGGUGCAUUGCUUCAGAUCAGCUAGCUAAGUAACGACGUUAGGGCAAGACUGCAAUGACAUGACAUUGAAUCUGUUACCCACAUUACUAGCUAUUAAUAAACCCACAGUUAAAAGGUGGUCAUCUCAGGGAAACUACUUUCAAUUGCAAACAAAUGUCAUUUGAACUCGAUAUGUCACUUAUGGAAGCCCAUUCCCGCCACAAUUUGUUUUGUCGAUGCUAUCCAUUUCGAGAUGUUGACGUACGAUCUAAAAAUGUAUACUAUUUCAACAUUGAGACGCGUGAGUCAAAAGUUUGAUAUGCUAUAUAAAAAUGUUAAAUAAUGAUAAGAAAUGGUUGACUAUCGCAAAAUGUUAAGCAACAUCGUAAUAGGAUUGUUUUUGUUUUUUUGUAGCAUUGUGUGCCAAUGUCCAUAAAUCGUUAUGUUGCAGAGGUCAGUAUUGUCCCAGCACUUUUGAUUUGGUUUAAUUGAAAUGUUGCCACAUAAACAUUGAAAAGAUGGACAACAAAUUAGCUUUGUUUAGACUGAUUUGCCACAAGAUCUGUCUACCUUUGCACAGUUCAUCUGUGCUUCAGUCUGAUCAGACGUUGAUCAAUGAGAUUUCAACUUUUAUUCACCCACUCAAGCCAACAGUUAUUUUUUAAUUUCGGUACUAUCGAGUUUGAAAACUAUACUCCUCUAAUAAUCAAAUACAUUUCGACAUUGGCGUGGGGUUGAGACCACAUUGUGAUUGGAUUUGGCCAAAACACACCAUGAAUUCAACAGGGAUUAUCGCCAAUCCAUGAAGUGUGUUGAGAAGUAUUAGCCGUUUUGUGACGUAGGCUUCUUUACAUUAAGUAAGGAUAAGAGCCUGCGCUAAUAAUAGGGAAACAAACGGUAUCAACUAAGACAUUUUUGAUGUUGCACACUCUUGAAAAGCACUGAUGUAUAAUACACUUUGCACCAUGAGUACAAUUGUAUCUUCCAGACAUAGGGUCUAUACUACUGUUGGCUAUUGUCAUUCUGUGUAACGCAAUUAGAGCUGUAAUUUGGAACAGCAUUGUGUAAACCUUUGUAAAAACGUGUUUCGCGAAAGUCAAGAACGGUUUUGAAAUAAAUGUAUUGCACCACAAAAUAGAUGUAUAAAUAAAA